AAAACACAAAAAAACAACAGGUAAAGGCGGCAAAGGCCUUGAAAACUCACACCUGUAAAUAGCUGACAUCAUGCCAUGGCCACGGCAGCUUCGUCUCUCAGCGAGGCCUGGGCUGUUGAUGCUCGUCAUGUGGGAUGCUUCACUGGUGGUAAGGUUGCUUUCUGCGAGUCAUCAAAUCUUCUAGGUUGCCUUUGUGAUGAAGAACUCCAUUUGGUGGAUUCUUCAUGUAAGGAGCCAACCCGGCGGGUUGUGCAGGAAGGUGAUGGUGUGCUGACCUUUGCAAUUGACCACCUGGGGCUAAAUGCCUGCACCUCUCACAGGAGCGGCUUGCUGCGACACUUUACCUUAGGUGAGAAGAUUGCACUGGCGCGUUCAUGGAGAGGCCACGAGCAGGUUGUUGCAGAUGUCAGCUUUGACGCAACUGGUGCGUUGGUCGCUACUGGGUCAGUUGACCGAACGGCGAAGGUGUGGGACUUUCAAGGAUACUUUUGCACACACAACUUCAAGGGCCAUGCAGGGAUAGUAUCUUUGGCGCGCUUUCAUCCAGCAAAGCUCCAGCUGGUGACCAUUGCAGACACAGAGGUCCGGCUUUGGGACCUCGAAUCUUCUCAAUGCAUUGGCAUUAUGAAGGACCAUUUAGCUAGCAUUUCUUCGAUGUGCUUCGGUCGUGUGAAGACUCAGCUAUUUGAGCUGGUGACUGGUGGCAGAGAUCAGGUGGUCAACGUGUGGAACCUGCAGGGCAAAUGCUCCCUUGUGCGUUCUAUACCAGUCUUCGAACAUGUUGAAGGCGUAAUGGCCGUACCCACAAGACAUUUGCGACAGCAAUGCAAAGAACACACCAUCUUCCGUGGCCCCUUUGCUGACUGGAUGCGGCAGGAGAAAGAGCCUCCGGCCUUCAUCAUCUUCACAGUGGGCAACAAAGGUGCCAUCAGAGCUUGGAACCCGUUGGAUGGUAAGCAAGUGGCCAGCCAUGACUCACCGCACGCUGCCAAAGGAGAGCUCCGGCAAAUACAUUGCUUAGACACUGCCAAGGGGACCAAAAUGGUUACAAUUGGCGAGGACUUGAAUUUCAUGAUGUGGUCCCUCCCUGAAUUUGAAGUAUUCAGCCACAUAAUGGGGCACAAUGAAGAAAUCGUCCACGUCCAGCUCAUUCCACAAAUCGCUUGGCCUCAAGAGCAAGAAGUGGAAGACUCUACCACCAAAGGGUCGCUGGUUACGGCUGACCGCUUUGUGUGCAUCGCCAACGAUGAGCAUCCGAGGGUGGUGAGUUGUGAGGGAUUUGGAGCAGCAAUGCUCCGGGGCCACACAGACGUUGUGAUCUCUUGCGAUGUGUCUGUCGAUGGCGCAUGGAUUGCCACUGGUGGCAAGGACCAAGUCAUAAAAGUUUGGAGUGCUUCUACAUGUGAACUGGCCUGUACGUGUUCGGGACACGCUGGAGAUGUGACAGCUUUGUCGUUUUCAAAGCGUCGACCACGGACUCUCCGUGCCGCAUCCCAACAAGAGCAGCUGCCCAUGCUGCUGGUGAGUGUCAGUCAGGACAAGACCAUGAAAGUAUGGGAAAUCCCCAGUGCCAAAGAGCUGGGGAAGGUGCUUGGCACUGGCACGAAAGUCAAAAAGUCCAAAGUGACUGUUCUUGCGCAUUCUAAAGAAGUGAAUGAUGUUCUUGUUGCGCCCAACAACAAACUGAUGGCAUCAGGUGGCCAGGACAAAUUAGUGCGAAUUUGGAAGUUCCCAGAAGGCGACCUUCUCGGCGAGUGCAAAGGCCAUCGACGUGGCAUAUGGUGCGUUGCGUUUUCGCCCAUUGACCAAGUCGUGGCAUCCGCAUCUGGUGAUGCAACUGUGAGAUUGUGGAACUUGAAGGACUUCAGGGCGAUUCGCUCAUUCCAGGGCCAUAGUAGUGCAGUACUCCGGGUGGCUUUCCUGUCAAAUGGCAUGCAGCUGAUGACCAGCAGUGUGGAUGGCUUGCUGAAGCUCUGGCAUAUUAGGACUGCUGAGUGCGCCGGAACUUUUGAGGAACACAGCAGCAAAGUGUGGUGUAUUGAUGUUUGUGGCAAUCGCAUGGUCUCCGGCGGCGCAGACUCCAAGAUUUGUAUUUGGAGAGAUACGACUCAGGAGAUGGAGAAGCAGCGCCAAGAUGAGAAGGCGGACUUGGCAUUGAAGGACUCUCGAAUAGCCCUGCUGGUUCGGGAGGGCAAGGUUGAAGCAGCUUUAACUUUGGCCUUGGACCUGAAGCGCCCUGGCCAGAUGCGUCAGAUUCUUUUAGAUCACACAAUGGAUGUGGUCGGCAGAAAAAUGUUCACCGGAGACGGAGACAAAGCAGAGCCUGAGUCACAAAGAGGUCAAAGGAAGCGCAACAAAGCCAAGCGUGCCACACCCAAGUCCAUGAACUUGACGCUCCUUGAGCCGCGCAAACGAUGCCAAGAGGAGAAUGGUGUUUGUGCCAAAGACAAGGAGGAGAGCACACCCAUUGACUUGCGAAGAUGGGUACUCUCGCUGAAUGUCGAACAGCUUGAAAGGCUGGUGGAGCUUCUAGAGCAGUGGAACUCGAAUCGUCGAAUGGCCCCUUUGGCUCAAAUGACAUUUGCAACCCUUCUGCUCUCGGUCCCGGCCUCGAAACUGAAAGCGCUGGAAGGCAUGAAUGCCACCUGCCGUGCCGUCUUGUCCUAUGCCAGCCGGCAUAUGGCCCGUGUCGAGUCGCUCCUGCAGAAGACCUACCUCUUCGACCUCAUCUUGCAAGGCAGUAGCCAAGGUCUGGCCACCAAGGAUUCCGACGAUGCGACUAUCUCGGCAGAGGCUCUGAAGCGCACAAUGGAUGUGCUGCUGCAAGGCAAGGAUGAGGAUUUGGAAAAGAAAGAGGACGAGUUUGAGGAGACAGAGGAUGACGCAGUCGAUGAGGACACCGGGAGUGAGGACGAGAAGGACAAGGACGUUGCAACUUCGGGUGAGGCCAAGCGCAGGAGAAAGCAAUAGGGCACGAUAGGGCAAAUGGAAGCGGCGUUGCUUCUCUUGGAGCCAAGAUGCCUUUGAUUCAUC